UCCCAAUUUUUGGAUGACUUGAAUUUAUCUUUCUCUCUUUACUAUGUUUCCUUAAUAUGUCUUUCUUUUACUUAAAAGUAUUUAGCUAGGAUGAUAUCAUGCAUAUUCUCUUUCACUAAGAAAACUUCAACCACACUACACAAAAUUUCACGUCUUUCAAGAAUAGAUUAUGUUUGGUUAAGAAAAAAAAAGAAAGUUUAUUCAAUUUGAAUAUAUCAACGGUUCUUACAUUUAUCUAAUUUGUUCGCUCGACGAAUGCAAUCUUCAUACAAUGAUUUGUUUUUGCUAAACAUCUUGAUAUUACUCAGAAAAAAGGUUUAUUUUCAUGAGAAAUGUAAGAAUGUUUUUUUUGAAUGCUGGUUAAAAAUGUAAGAAUAUUCCAUAGAAAAAGGGAAUCAUGAUGGUUUAUUAGCGAAACCUAAAAAUUAAAAGCCAUGAGCUACUAUUAUACAAAUGAUUUGUUUAUGCCUCAGUUAGUACUAUUGCAUUAUUUGAAUUUAAAAUGUCAUAAGAUUCUAGAAAGCAUGUAAAAUAUAGAAGUUUCCAAAUGUAUUUUACUUGAUUAAUUCCACGACUUGUUUCAGUUAAAAGACGAGAGAAGAAUAAAUUAUUUUUUUUCCUUUGUAAUAUAUGAGUUUAGUUGUUCAAAAGUUUAUGUAGUUAUCUUCCUUAUUUGUAUCUUCUUAGCUGGAGAAGGUUUAGGUUACCGAAUCAAUCAAGAAGUAGGGACCAGAUCAGAGAAUCACAUUACUCCCACCUCCAAAUGAAAACGCAUCUCUCUAUUUCAUAUUAACCGAAGCCAACAUAUAAACUGUUGAGUGUUGACCAGUUUUCUUCAAAGUUUUUUUGUGGCUUCUAUCUGGUGAAUAACUUAAGGGAAAUUAGGUGAUAUAACCAAACAAAAAUCCAUAAUUCAUUAUAUAACCAAAAUCACACCCUCUCUCUUCUUCUCUCUUCCUAUCUCUCUCUAUCCAUUUUUUACAAAACUAAUUUUAUGUUUUUUUUGGUAUAUCACAAAUAAGCCCUAACUUCAAAUCUAUCAUAUAUUUAACCCAUAUAAAACUGCAAAUAGGUUCUUUAUCUACAUAGAACCAAUGGAACAAAUCGGAUUGUGCCCGCCCUAAAUGAAUCGUUUUCGAAAAUAUUUUACCGCAGAUUAGUCCCUGCUCGCAUUUUUUUCUUUGGCACUGAGGCCCAUUCAUUGUUUAUGGCCUGUCAACACAAAUCGAAAAUAACAUCCUGCUGUUUCGUUGUUCUCAUGGAAGAAUCCUUGUCAUUUCCCCACCCUAAAAACGUUGCAUAGUCCAGUUUCUACUGUAAGCCAAAUGUAAGUCAAUAUCCAAGUCUAGAAUGGCUGUUAUGCCAAAGACAACUUGGAUAAAAGACAUCUUCACCACCAGAGAGAAUAUCUUUUCAAAGUCUACACCCUUUUCUGGUCAAAUCCUUUCACGACCAACUGGACCUUUGUAUCUAGGCUUCGAGAUCCUCAUAUUUGAUCUAGUAUACCCAUUUAUUCUUCAAGUCUCUCUUUUCUUUCGGAAAUUUCGCUAGCUCGUAUAGGUGAUUAUCAUGCAUUGACUGCAUCUCAUAUUGCAUAGUUUUUACCCACGCAUUCGCAUGAGUGUCUAUUUUCACUUCCUUAUGGUUUGAGGUUCUCUCUCAUCUGUAACAUUCACAUACUCAUCCCAGUAGUAUCUUACAAAUGACCUUGUUUCUCUUAUUAGCCUUUUUUGCUCAUGUGUUGGAAGAUAUUCCUCUUUGGGCUCCAAUUGACCUUCACCAUCACGCCGCAUUAUUUCUUCUGAAAAUUGAAUCAACUAGGGUUGAACUGAGUCAAGACCAUUAACAUCUCUCAUAGCAGUUGAGUGCCCUCAAUUCAUCAAGGUAACAACAUGUGAAGAACCAAAUUCAUAUAUAUGAGGCCGAAUCUGAGUCAUAAACUAUAAUUUCCUCUUUGUGAAAAUUUAUGGAUCGAAGACAUCUUUUCUUAAAGAAUAUACGGAGAAGUUGGAGCAUAUCGAAGAAAUUAAAACAAUGCACGGUGGCUACAUAAACGGAAAAAAUAAAAAAGCGAGUGAGAAGAUAAAUACCUUUCGAUUUCAGAUGAAGUGAAGAAACAAAAGGGACAUUGUUCCUUAUAUAAGAGAAAUUGUGUGAAUCUCAAAGUAAACCAUCAUUAGGUCUAAGAUCUAGUUGUCAUAAAAUUUAGAAGACGCUUUGUAUUCUGAGAAAAAUGACGGUUUAACUUCCUGAAUAAUUGGUUCACCAGUUAGACAUUGAAUCCAAACCAGAUCUUUGGUAAACCAGGAUUUGUAUCCAAGAAUCAUUCAAGACACAAAUUCUCGAGUUCAUUUUCUUCAUAAGCAUGUUUGUUGCAAUUCACCAAGGCCGACUUUGACUCUCACAGAGAACCUAAGAGGACUUCCCAUUAGAGAUCGGUUAUGUUCUCUAUUCAGGGACCAUCACGUAAAGAACUCAGCCUAAAGGAUAGUGAAAACGGUUUGAGGAAAAGGAAUUUGGCCAAGAGAAUAGGAAAGACCUAGCUGAUUCCAUCUUAUAAAUAUAGCGGGAAAGUAUCUUAAGUAGAUACAUUCACAAUCUACACGAAGCGGCAUAUGUUAAGGGUUUAUAGUUCAUUGCUUUAAACUUUUCUUUAGCGAUUUCACUGCCUUAUUUUCCAAUUUCAAUACAUUCUCCUUGUAAUCAAUCGAGAUCCUACUAAUCAACGAGAUCUUACUUAUCAAUCGAGAUCCUCCUAAUAAAAAGAUUUUAAAUAAUUCACCAUUAAAUUCAUGAUAUCUUCAUGAGUACGCAAAAUUCCUAAUUCAUCAGUAUAUUUAAAUAAAAGAUGCCAAAAUGUCACCAAAGAACUUUUGAAAAUGAAGGUGUAAAAGGUGUUGUUGGACUCUACCAAUGGAUUCAACGUCUCGGCAUUGUGAUUUCUCAAAGAACCAAAUAUAAUGUGUAUAGUGAUGUGUAAUCAAUUCUAUAGCAUCAAAAUGCUACAAAUGAUGUUCACAAAAAAAAAGCAAGACUCAUCAUAAAAUCUAAAGAAAUAGUUUGCAAAGAAUUAACAUCAAAAAGACAUCCAAACGUGUACAAAAACAGUACACUUAAGUAAUUAGGCCAGCCUAAGGGAACGUAAAUAUUUGAGCCCAAAUCAAUGCAACAGCUGGGGCCAUUUGAUUCAUGUACGGAAAAAUUGUUGAUGGAAGGGUGAAGAAGUGGACGAGUCUUUAAGUUCGACCAACUUUUAACAGAAAAAAUACCAUAAAACACAAAUUUAAGUAGAUUCAUUUUCACUCUGGUUACAACAUUCCAAAUCAGAAAAAAUAAAACCAAUCUGAAUCACAAUAUUAUGAUUUUGGUUCUACUAAAAGACUAAUUUUUCUUUGUUUUUUUUUCUUAAAAUUAGUUUAAAUUCUCCUUCUCAUAUUUACUAUCGACAACAAAAACAUGAAAAACAUGUUUCAAAUAGUAUGUCACAAGAAAGAGGAGACCAUAAACCGAUCUAUAAAUGAUAUAAAACAUUAAUUUCGUUCAUAAUCAAUUGAUUUCUAGAAACAAAAAAUUGUUAGAACUAAACAUGUAUAACUCACUUACAGAACCAUGAGAGUGAGACACUUGAUAGCUCCAGUGUGUUUAACGAUGAGGGCAAGAGCCAAAACUUAGCCUAAAGAGUGAGCCACUACUAUGUCUAUGUGAAACCUUUUGAGUUUAUAUUGAGAUAUCACUGAUUUCUAAAUCAUAUAAAGUUAUUCUCUAAAUAUAUUCAAUUGGUCGCUUGGUUCUGACCUUCUUCUAUAACCCAAAAGAUCAACCGAAAAAAUUCUAUAACUCAAUUUGUAUUAAGUGUUAUGGGAUUUCAAUUCAAAAUUAGCGAUAAGUUGAUUGACACAUAUUUCUUAUAUAUUAUUGAUUUCUCAUUAAAACUCCUGAUGUGGGAGUUUAUAUUCACACACUUUGAUACCAAGAUAAGUUAUCAACUUAUUAAGUUGAUUGAUUUCUCAUUAAAACUCAUGAUGUGGAAGUUUAUAUUCACACACUUUGAUACCAAGAUAAGUUAUCAUAGUAUUCUAACUUAAAACCAAUUUGCAGUAAGUGGGUUGACUCAACUCUCUUAUAUAUUAGUGUUGGUCCAUCCAAAUCAUCGAGUGGGAUCUCAAAAAUUUGGCAGAAUAAAAAAGUUUUGGCAAGAGAGUCUUAGUCAAACAUGAGGAUGAUAAGAAACCAUGUAUCAACACAACAUUUUCAUUAAAUACUCUAUUUAUUGAUCUCUUGGUUAAAACAUUGUUUACCAUUUGUUUUCUUUUAAACAAAGUUUUGUGUUUUAAAUUAAAAAUAUUUGUUGUUUUCUUAGUUGACUUUACAAUAAAUAAUUAGUUAAUUAGGUUAUAGGUUAUAACCUACACCCAAAGCAGAAUGAGAUAUUUUAUAAAAUAUUUGUUAAAUAUCUAAGUUUUUAAAAAUUAUUAAAAAAAGAUAUUUAAAUAUAUUGUAAUGAUUUGAUUAAUUUUAAAAUUCAAUUCAAUUCAAGUAUAAUAUUGCUAUUAAAAUUUUGAAAUUAAAAUAGUUAUGGAUUUUAAGAUGUUAUAUAAUUUAAUUUAAACGAUAUUUUAUAUAUAUAUAUAUAUACAUUUUUUAAUUUGAAAAUAUAUUAAAUCAGGUUUUCUACUCAUAUUGUUUAUGAUCAUUUAUAUAUUUUUAUUAUAAACAUUUAAACCAGUGAUCACAAAAUUUUCAAUAUGGGACUUUAACAAUUUUAGUAAUUUAUAAUUUUUUAAAAAACAAUUCAAAAAUAAGAAAACAUCUAUUUUUUUAUUAUAUGGUUAAUGUGAUUGUUUAAUUUAUUUUAUUAAUAUAACAUUAAAAAUGAUAAAAUUAAUAAAAAUUGUUAUCAAAUUUUUAUUAGUAAGCAUCAUAAAUUAUCAAAUAUAUUUUAAAUCACAUUAUGUAAUUUCUGAACUUUUAUUAAGGAAAUAUGAAUUUUAUUUAAUGUGUUAUAUGAAAAUGUAUAUAGUAAUAGCACAUUAACUUUUUAUAAGAAUAAUUAUGGUUAUGACACAUCAACAAUUUUUUGAAAAUUAUUAUGAUGACGACACCUCAAAAUGACUGCAUUAAAGUUCACUUAAUAUGAAAAUAAAUGAAUUAUGUUGUUGUUCAAAACAAAAAAAAAAAAAGGAUUAUGUUUGAAAAUAACACACAUUGACACUAUCUGCUGCUUGAAAAGGUAAUGAUCAGUUGACAUCACUAGUGCUUGCAAACGGGAUAUUGCCUAAUGUAAAUGUCUAUAGGGUCUUGAACGAGCUUACAAAUCUGGAUGCUGCUUGUGUCGACGACGUGGAUAAUCAAGAUAGAGAUGCUUGUAGAGUUCGGUGGAACCAGAAGGGUGCAUCAUAUCGGCAGGCUGCAUAUCGGUUGACCUGGAACCAAACAAGUUGAGAUUUUGUCUCAAAGGUAUUUCCCCGACAUAGCUACUUGAGAGAGUCAAAAUUUGGCUACUUAUAAUUUAGUUCCUAAGGGUUAUAAACUUAUAGCUUAACAUGAAAGCAAGGAGUUUCACAAUGUUCAUCGUCAGAGCCAAUACCAAUCGCCAAUCUUUCGUACCAACCUACCAUAUUCACUCCUGGUUAGUCUCAGAACCACAGUUUCCGCUAUACUGACCAAAAAUCUAAAUUUAAACCUAUGAAGAAAACUAUCAAACUAGACCCUUGAAGAAUAUGGUGAAAUCAUCUGUACACAAUCAUGUACUUUUUUAGCAAUUCCUUAACAAAAGCAAAAAAAAAAAACACAGACCAAGAACGAUCUGUAAAGCAGUUUAGUUAAAAAUAAAAUAACAGAAACCAUAAAAAGAAGAAGCAAAUGAUUGAAAAUUUAUGAAUAAAGAAAGUUUAUAGACAAUUAAAAACAAAAAGAACUAAAACCCACUUAAAGAAUACAAUACCUUUCCUUUGUAGCCUUCACAAAGCUUAGCAUCAAAAACUCGUUUCUCUCCUUAGCCACCAAGAAACCUAUAACUCUACAUAAAACCAUAACAAGCUUCUUUACUUUUAAAGCUUUAAUCUCCCAUCUGCAAGAACAAGAACUUGCUACACAAAAACACACGUUUCAGGUUCCAGAGUUUGUGAAGAUAUGAGUGCAGACUGGGGACCUGUGAUUGUAGCAGUAGCUCUGUUCAUUCUACUCUCACCAGGAUUGCUCUUUCAGCUACCGGCAAGAACAAGAGUGAUGGAGUUUGGUAACAUGAGCACAAGCGGCAUUUCGAUUUUGGUCCACGCCAUUAUAUAUUUCUGUAUACUCACUAUCUUGAUCAUUGCCAUACAAAUUCACAUCCAUAUCUGAUCUUGUAGUGUAACACAGAUAAGCUUCUUUGGAUUCAAAGUUUGUCUUUUUCCGCUAUUUUAUUUUGAUAAUCUCUGAUUCUUGGGUAAUAGUGUUUCAAGCAGAGUGACAACAAAUGGUUGUAUACAAAUAAAUAAUAUGUAAUUUUGUAUUUUCCUACAUUUAAUUUCUAACCUUGAAGUA